GGUUCGAACGUUUGAACCAAACCAAUUUCGGUGGAACCGUCAAAGGAAGAAAAAGAUCUGACGGUCGAGAGUGUAGUGUCUUGCGCUUCAAUAAACGUGUAAGUCUAAAACCCCUCACUUCCAUUCUAAAAUCUCAGUCCAGUUUUCCCCCUCUUCAACUUGAUAGUUGCUACCCUGGCUAGCCUUCUCUCUCAGCCAUCGCCGGCGACGGUUAGUCUAUACAAGCUCUACAUUAGACAAAUACGUAAGCUUUCUUCAUAUUCAUUCUCCGGUCGACUUUCUCAUCCCCUUAAAUAAGUGAAGUGCUGAUUGCCGUAUAAUGCAACUCUGGUUCUCUCUGUGAAGACACAAACAUAAUGGCCUGUCGAGCUCUUUUAAGGAGAAGGAAAUUUAUUUCUGACUAUUUGGAGGCCUCUGCUUGGUCAAUUCAAAAUUUUCACAAGUUCAGUUCUAAUCAGUCUACUCGUUAUUCUGGAGGUUUCACCUCUGUUGGAAACCAUAUUUCUCAAUGUUCAGAUUGUGUAGAAGAUCAUGGAGAAGUUUCAAGCUUUUCAACAUCAGGACUUUUAUGGCAUAGAUCUGGUGGAAUCACAUUACAUGGCCAUGGAAAUGUUGGAAUCACAAUGCCUGCAAGAUUGGGUCUCAUCUCACCAAUGGGACACACGUUGCUGCCUUACACUCUACGUUAUUCUUCGACAGCAACUGCUAAACAACCUGAUAGUGGAAGUGAUGAUGAAAAUAAUGAUCUGGUUGCCAAAAAGAAAGAAGCUUCUCCAGAGGAAUGCGAUCAAGCUGUUGAAGGGCUAAGUUCUGCUAAAGCAAAAGCAAAAGCAAUACAGUUCCAAGAGUCUAACAAGGUUGCUAAAUCUGUUUUACAAAGAGUAUGGGCUACACUUUUGGGUAUUGGUCCCGCUUUACAAGCUGUAGCUUCCAUGAGCAGGGAAGAUUGGGCCAAAAAGCUCACUCAUUGGAAAAAGGAGUUUAUAUCCACACUGCAGCAUUAUUGGUUGGGUUCUAAGCUUUUAUGGGCUGAUGUGAGGAUCAGUUCAAGAUUAUUGCUAAAACUUGCCAAUGGGAAGAGUCUGUCACGCAGGGAGAGGCAACAACUCACACGGACUACAGCUGAUAUUUUCAGGCUGGUUCCUUUUGCUGUUUUCAUCAUUGUACCAUUCAUGGAAUUCCUGCUGCCAGUAUUCUUGAAGUUAUUUCCGAACAUGUUACCAUCAACGUUUCAAGACAAGAUGAAAGAACAGGAAGCAUUGAAAAGGAGGUUAAAUGCGAGGAUAGGAUAUGCGAAGUUUCUUCAGGACACUGUCAGAGAAAUGGCAAAAGAAGUCCAAAAUUCAAGGAGUGGGGAAGUAAAGCAAACAGCAGAAGAUCUUGAUGAGUUCCUGAGCAGGGCUAGAAGAGGUGCUCCCAUUUCAAAUGAGGAAAUUUUGGCUUUCGCUAAAUUGUUCAAUGAUGAAUUGACGCUGGAUAAUAUUAGCAGGCCUCGAUUAGUAAGUAUGUGCAAGUACAUGGGAAUCAGUCCUUUUGGAACAGAUGCUUAUUUGCGCUUUAUGCUUCGAAAAAGAUUACAAAGGAUUAAGAAUGAUGAUAAGUUGAUUCAAGCUGAGGGUGUGGAGUCUCUAUCAGAGGCUGAACUUCGUGAGGAAUGUAGAGAGCGUGGCAUGCUUGGGUUGCGUUCAGUGGAAGACAUGCGCCAACAGCUUCGUGAUUGGUUGGAUUUGUCACUUAAUCACUCAAUACCAUCUUCACUGUUGAUCCUUUCCAGGGCUUUCAUUGUGUCUGGAAGGUCCAAGAUUGAAGAGGCUGUAGGAGCGACAUUGUCUUCACUUCCAGAUGAGGUUGUGGACACUGUGGGUAUCACAUCCUUGCCAUCUGAAGAUUCUGUUUCAGAAAGGAGGAGGAAAUUGGAGUACCUUGCUAUGCAGGAUGAGCUGAUCAGGGAGGAGGAAAAGAAAGAGAAAGAGAAAGAGAAAGAACAGCAAGCCAAGAAGAAAGAACCUCUUGGCAAUGAAGAUGUAGCUUUGAAAGAGAUGAUUAUCCCAACAGCUAGAGAAGCACAAGAACAAGCAAGAGCAAGAGCACUUGACAAACAAGAGCAUCUAUGCGAAAUUAGCCAAGCCUUGGCUGUUCUGGCUUCUGCUUCUUCUGUGAGCAGGGAGCGGGAAGAGUUUCUAAGGCUUGUUAACAAGGAGAUAGAACUUUACAAUAGCAUGGUAGAUAAAGAAGGUACAGAUCGUGAAGUAGAUGCCAUGAAAGCAUAUAAAGCUGCUCAUGGAGAAAAUGAUCAAAUGUCUGAAGUUACUGCACAUGAUGUGGUGUCUUCUGCACUCGUAGAUAAGGUCGAUGCGAUGCUUCAGAACCUUGAGAAGGAAAUUGAUGAUGUGGAUGCCAAAAUUGGUGACCGUUGGCAAAUCCUUGACAGGGACUAUGAUGGAAAAGUGACUCCUGAGGAGGUGGCAGCUGCAGCCAAGUACUUGAAGAAAACUUUGGGCAAGGAAGGGGUUCAAGAACUGAUUACCAACCUCUCCAAAGAUAAAGAUGGGAAAAUUCUUGUGGAAGACAUAGUAAAAUUGGGCAGUCGUGUAGAAGAUAUGAGGUCAGAUGGCAUGUAGUGAACGAAGAUCAACAUUCCAUUUUACUUUCGAAUACAGAGGUACAAAAUAUUGCACAUUUUACAAGGCUGCAACAAUCAUUUACUUAGGUUUCUGGCUACUUAUCAGCUGAGGUUAUGUGGUUCAACUUCUAACCACAUAUAUUUUGUUAGGUAUAGAGAUUCUAUUUUCUUCAGUUUCAUAUAUAUCAAAAAACCCUUCACAGAAAUAGAUUGCAACGAGGUGAAAAACCUAGUGCAGAGUACUAUGUUGAUAGGAAUGUAAAAAGAACGAGUCCUUAGAGUAUAGUAAGGCUAGGGUUUUUAUUUUUAUUUUUGUAUCAGAAACAGUGUUAUUCUUUAUUGCAUAAUGGCAUUUUAGACAAUGACAUAAUUUCAUGG